ACAACAACGUUGUAUAUGCACGUAGGAUUUAAAAGUGUGGAAUUAGCAGGGGAAAUCAGUAACUGUCUUUGUGGACAGACAGAGAAGGACAUAACCAUGGAAUUUCCUUUUAUGAUCCAGGUGCUCGGUAAAGCAUGUCAGCUAUCUGACACAAAGCAAGAACCAACAGCCAACAUGUCCAGCAAAAGGGCAAAGACGAAGACCACCAAGAAGCGCCCUCAGCGCGCCACUUCCAAUGUAUUUGCGAUGUUUGAUCAGUCGCAGAUUCAGGAAUUCAAGGAGGCCUUCAACAUGAUCGACCAGAACAGGGAUGGCUUCAUCGACAAAGAGGACUUGCACGAUAUGCUCGCCUCCCUUGGAAAGAAUCCAACAGAUGAAUACCUGGAUGCCAUGAUGAAUGAGGCUCCAGGCCCCAUAAACUUCACGAUGUUCCUGACCAUGUUUGGUGAGAAGUUAAAUGGCACCGACCCGGAAGAUGUAAUCAGGAAUGCAUUUGCUUGCUUUGAUGAAGAAGCAACAGGGUUCAUCCAGGAAGACUACCUGCGGGAGCUGCUGACGACAAUGGGAGACAGAUUCACGGAUGAAGAGGUGGACGAGCUGUACAGAGAGGCACCCAUCGACAAAAAGGGGAAUUUCAACUACAUCGAGUUCACACGCAUCCUGAAACAUGGAGCAAAAGACAAGGAUGACUGAGCAAAUCCAUGCAUACCUGCAGAUUAUCUCUACACUCGUGUUUAUUUUUAAGGGUUUAUUCCUGAUAGAACUUGUUGCAUGCAUUUAGCUUUACAGCUUUUGCCUUUCUCAAUGUAUUUAUCUAUUCCAGGCCAUUUAGGCAUAUUUGCACCUGUGUAAUCAGACUGGAUGCAGGGAAAAUAUUGUGGGGAAAAGGAUAUGGGGACAAACAUCCCUGGAGUUGAUACUCCAGGAAAAUAAUCUCAAUAUUUCUGGUUUAGCUGGAUUUUUACAUUUUUGUAAUAAAUGCCAUUUUGAAAUAAAGAUUGCUAUAUAGAUAAAAUACCUCAAAA